AUGCCACCUGGUCCGUUCAUCGCCAACAACCCGAAUGUCGUCGUUCUUCUUGACGCCAAGAGUUUUCCGACGCUGUUUGAUGUAUCUAAAGUCGAAAAGAAGGAUUUGUUCACCGGGACAUACAUGCCGUCUACUGAACUCACCGGCGGCCACCGUGUCCUCUCGUAUCUUGACCCAUCGGAGCCCAAGCAUGCUCCGCUGAAAAAUUUGAUAUUUUUCAUGCUCAAAUCUUCCCGAAGCAGAGUUAUGCCGGAAUUCGAAGCGACAUACAGUGAACUCUUCGAUGAGCUUGAAGCAGAGUUAGCACAAAAGGGUAAAGCUUUUUUCAACGACGUCGGCGAACAAGCAGCCUUCAGGUUUCUUGGUCGGGCGUAUUUGGAAACCAACCCGGAAGUAACAAAGAUCGGAAAAGAUGGUCCGAAGUUGAUCGGGUCCUGGGUUUUAUUCAAUCUUGGACCUUUGCUCCGCCUUGGACUUCCAUGGUUCGUAGAGGAACCUCUCCUUCAUACUUUCCGGCUGCCUCCUGCCCUGAUUAAGAAAAACUAUCAGAAACUUUACGAAUUCUUCGAAUCCUCUUCGUCUCCGAUCAUCGAACAAGCAGAAGCUUUAGGGAUUUCAAAAGACGAAGCGGUUCAUAACAUCUUAUUCACAGUUUGUUUCAAUACUUUUGGGGGGAUCAAGAUUUUGUUUCCCAAUACACUGAAAUGGCUCGGCCGCGCCGGAACUAAUUUACAUACCCAGUUGGCGGAGGAGAUCAGAGGUGCAAUCAAAACCCACGGCGGAGGGAAGGUGACCAUGGCGGCGAUGGAGCAGAUGCCCUUGAUGAAAUCCGUCGUCUACGAGUCCCUCCGAAUCGAACCACCAGUGGCCUUACAAUACGGGAAAGCCAAACGUGAUCUGACGAUCGAAUCACACGACGCCAUUUUCAAAGUGAAAGAAGGGGAAAUGUUGUUCGGAUACCAGCCAUUUGCGACCAAGGAUCCCAAAGUGUUUGACCGGGCGGAAGAAUUUGUUCCGGAUCGGUUUGUGGGUGACGGCGAGAAGCUUUUGAAGUACGUGACGUGGUCAAACGGACCGGAGACGGAGGGUCCAACGGUGGGAAACAAGCAGUGUGCCGGAAAAGAUUUUGUGGUGAUGAUUACUCGGUUGUUCGUCGUGGAACUCUUCCGCCGGUAUGAUUCUUUCGAUAUCGAGGUUGGUGCUUCUCCGUUAGGUGCCAAAAUUACAUUAACGUCCCUCAAAAGAGCUCGGGUGUGA